CUUACCAAACCAAAACCCAAUGUCUUAUAUAUAUCUUAUAGAGCUCAGUUAGUUUACUAGCUUUUAUUUCCUUACUUUUGUAACUUGUUUUAGAUAGUUAUUAGCUAAGGUUUCAAGCCAACCAUUUUUUUAACUGCAAAAGAGAAUUUAGUUUGGCAAUUUUCUUUGUCCAUCUCAAAUUUUCUCGUUUCUUGUAGUAAUGGGGUCUUUGUUCCUCAAUUCUCCCACACUUGCAACUAAUAAACCUGCUAAAAUGUCUGGUAAAUGUGAAUGGUGCUUCUUGAGGAAGAAGAAGAUCAGUUCUAGCACUGUUGUAUAUUGCCAAGGUGGUGGAAAGGCAAUAAGGUCUAUUGGAUUUUCCUCAGUUUUGACAGAAAGAUCAUCAACUUUAGUUGGUGAGGAUCAUAGUGCAGCUGUAAUGGAUGCAGCAGGAAGCUUGGUUUUGUCUCCAAAUGGGAACAAGGCCCAACCUGAAAUUGCUAUUAAGGAUUUUGAUUCUUAUGGUGGACCAACUAGCUCUUCUCUAGUGGAGGUUCAAGAUGGCAUUGGCAUUGUCAAAUUUCUUGCAGGAAAGGGCUUCUUUAUCACAGGUGCAACUGGGUUCCUGGCAAAAGUUCUUAUAGAGAAGAUUUUACGGACUGUGCCUGAUGUGGGAAAGAUAUAUGUUUUGAUCAAGGCUAAAAACAUGGAAGCUGCAAUGGCGAGAUUAAAAAGUGAAAUAAUAAAUGCAGAGCUAUUCAAGUGUCUCCAGCAAGCCUAUGGAAAAUCCUACCAAGCUUUCAUGUUGAGCAAAUUAGUGCCAGUGGUGGGAAACGUUUGUGAAUCUAAUCUUGGGUUGGAAGAAGAUUUAGCCAACUUGAUUGCCAGUGAAAUUGAUGUGAUCGUUAAUUCUGCAGCUAAUACAACUUUUGAUGAAAGAUAUGAUGUUGCUAUUGACAUCAAUACUAGGGGACCUUGCCACCUUAUGAGCUUUGCAAAGAAGUGCCAAAAGCUCAAGCUCUUCCUGCAAGUAUCAACUGCUUAUGUUAAUGGACAAAGACAAGGAAGAAUUAUGGAAAAGCCAUUCUGUAUUGGAGAUUGCAUAGCCGAGGAAAGUUUCGUCUCCGAAACUACACCAAGAUUUCUACCAACCUUGCAUGUUGAAAAUGAAAUGAAAUUGGCUUUGAACUCCAAAGAAGCUUUCCAAGAAAAUGAAGUGGCUCAAAUGAUGAAAGAGUUGGGUUUAGAAAGGGCAAGAAAAUUUGGGUGGCAAGACACAUAUGUGUUCACAAAAGCAAUGGGGGAAAUGAUGAUUGAUAGCUUGAGAGGAGACAUUCCAGUGGUGAUAAUUAGGCCUAGUGUCAUUGAAAGCACUUGCAGAGAGCCAUUUCCAGGAUGGAUGGAAGGAAACAGGAUGAUGGAUCCAAUAAUUUUGUACUAUGGAAAAGGGCAGCUUACAGGAUUUCUGGUGGACCCAAAUGGGGUUCUUGAUGUCGUCCCAGCAGAUAUGGUAGUCAAUGCAACCUUAGCAGCAAUAGCCAGGCAUGGAAUGGUUCAAAAAUCAGGCAUAAAUGUCUACCAAAUUGCUUCAUCAGUUGUAAAUCCACUAGCUUUUGAAGAGUUGGCUAAACUGCUCUAUGAACAUUACAAUUCCUCCCCUUACAUGGACUCCAACGGCAGGCCGAUCCACGUUCCAUCGAUGAAGCUCUUCAGUUCUAUGGAAGAUUUCUCUGAUCAUCUCUGGAAAGAUGUGAUUCAACGAAAUGGGUUAGCAGAAUUGGCAUCAUCAGAUAGGAAGCUGUCUUUAAAACAUGAAUUUAUAUGCAGAAAAUCAGUGGAGCAAGCUAAGUAUUUGGCUAAUAUAUAUGAACCAUACACUUUUUAUGGUGGAAGGUUUGACAACAGCAAUACUCGAAGAUUGAUUGAAAGCAUGUCUGAAGCUGAGAAGAAGAAAUUUGGAUUUGAUGUGGAGAGUAUAGAUUGGAGAGAUUAUAUAAAAAAUGUUCAUAUUCCUGGUCUAAGGAGGCAUGUCUUGAAGGGUAGAGGGAUGUGUAGCUGAAUAAUAGCAAUCAAAUGAUUACUUGUUUAAGUCCUGCAACUAAUUGUAAUAAGAGUGUUUUGCCUCUC